AUGCCCGUACAGAAGUCGAAGUGCAUGAGCAAAGCGCGAAGUAUACGCAUCAUCAUCUCACCAUCAUCCGCUCCCUCAUUUAUUGGCGCAUCGGCGACAUUGACUCCCGUGUUCCCUUUGGUCAUUCGAAAUAGUCCAAGGGCCGCCUGUCUUGCCCGCGGAAGUUCCGAAGUUCGAAUAUCCCCUUUGUUCAAUUGGAACAGCCUAAGGCCGCCUAGAUUACUCGUCGAGUUUCGAUGUUCGGUGUUCGGCGUCCACGUCGUUGUCGCUCGUCCAACCCUGAUUGACCACCAACCACCAGCCACCACAUUUGACCAUCUCUCCUUCACCUUUUGGAAGUUGACCACCACUCCCACCUACAUCUCUCGCAAUAGAAUCUCCUGUUGGGGCCAUUGGCUUCCCUUCUGGGUUGUUCAACGGCCUCCUUCCGCUUCGCCUGGCUCGGUGAUCUCGCUCGAGAAGCUCAUGGUCAUCACGGAGAUCGCACAGCUUGUCGCCCCUCCACCAACGACCGUCACCGUCACCGUCGGCAUUACCCCGACCACCGCCUAUGGUUUGGUGGUCAUAUACAAUUAUGCUUUCAUGCGCUUUGGUCAAGAACCAUUUAGCUAA